CAUCCGGGUCGUGACCGCUAACUUGUUAGCAACAACUGCAUGAGAAGAAAGGCAGCCAAAAUGCAAUCGUCUGUAGUUUCUAUCGCAGUUUUCUCAUUGUUGCAGUUUUUACUUUAUAUUUCGUGUUUCGAGGAUGUUGUUGAAGCAGCUAAUGGAAAAGGAUUCGGAGAUAAUAUCCACUGGAGGACGCUGGAAGAUGGCAAGAAAGAGGCUGAGGCCAGCGGGCUGCCAGUCAUGGUCAUCAUCCACAAGAGCUGGUGUGGAGCCUGUAAAGCGCUGAAGCCCAAAUUUGCUGAAUCCAAGGAAAUCUCAGAACUGGCACACAACUUUGUAAUGGUGAACCUGGAGGAUGAGGAGGAGCCGAAGGAUCAGGCCUUCAGCCCGGACGGCGGAUACAUUCCUCGGAUUCUCUUCCUCGAUCCCAGCGGCAAAGUUCAUCCUGAAAUCACCAACAAGAACGGGAAUCCCAGUUACAAAUACUUUUACAGCAGCGCAGAACAAGUUGUGUCUGGGAUGAAGGAGGCGCAGGAGAAGCUGACGGGCGAAGUGUUUAAGCGAGGCCACACAGGAGACGAGCUGUGAGGAGCGACGGGGCUCCACCGAGGCUGUAAGGGCUAAACUUCCUCUAGACGAGCUGCUAGCGAAGCCCUUCUUAUAUUUAUACAUCUAACGGUAGAAAGUAGGCUCAGUUUCAGCCGAUUUUUAAAACCACGGGUGCAUGAUUGUUCCUUUCUGUCCUGCAUGGUUUUCUAAGCUCUCAAAUCAAUCAACCAUGUACGUUUAUAAGUUACUCUUUAGUAAAUGUCGACGCAAUUUACUGUACUUGGUGUCUGUAGAGGAUGUAAGCGAGUCAAGCUAGCCACGUUACCUUUUGUUAGCUCCCAGCUGUGUACACGGUUCAAUGUUUGUAUUACAGAGGCAUAAUAUUCCUUUGUCAUUUACAAGUCAAUGAUUAUAAUUUCAUAUGUAAAUAAAUGUCUUUUUUGAAGUGAAACCUCAGUUCUUAUUAAAAGAAAUGCUCAAAUUUAUUUCAUUAGAAAAACUUUGUUUGAGAAUUUUCUUCAUUUGGUCAAAAUUGGUUUAUUUUUUAAAAUUUUGUGUUAGUUGCGAAUCUUUUUAAAGUAGAGUUUAGAAAAUAGGGGCAUGGUUGAAGACAUUACACGGAAACUCUGUAGACUGUUGUGCCAAAGAUGAGCAGUAUUUUAAUAAAAAUAAAACCAUAACCCUUAAUUUUUGACCACUAAUGCUCUCUCUCCCUCUGCAGCGACGUGCUUCCAAAGAUCCUCUGCUGUAUUUCACUUCUGCUUUCUACCUGAUUUACUAUCACUUUAUCUUAUAUAUAUUCCUGCCAUAUUGCGUGUACUAGGUUCUGCUUUUCUUCCGUUUUUGCUGCAUGCGAUGGAACAAUCGUGUCUUUUUUAAACCUCAUAACAAGGGAAAGAAAAGCCGAUUUAUGUGUCAUGUUGUAUUUUAUACACGUGGAAAUAAAGGUUUGUUGUAUUGAA